UCACUGAAUAACAAAACCCAAUGAAGCCAUAGCCGUGGACACCAACUGAUAAAGUACCCCAAAUCCUGGAGAGAAAAAAGUAUCAAUUUUUUUCCCUUGCUCGAGCUGGUGAAGAUCAGCAGGAGGCAGGGGGAGGGAAAGAGGCCGAGAUACAAGAAGGUUCGAUCAGAUGGCCAUGGUGUACAGGAGGUACUGUCCCCAUGCCCUCAACUGCUUCUUGCUGCUAGUACCACUCCUCUUGUCCUGCUUGUUACACGAUGAGUUGGUGGCUGCCGUGGAUGUGCCGCCUUCUCUACCACUUGACGAGGCGCAGGAGGCCAUCAUGAUGGAUCUCUCAAGCGUUGUGGGUGGCGGGUGGAGCUCCAACACAAAUUUCUGCACCUGGACUGGAGUUGCCUGCUCGCGCUCUGGGUCUAGUUCUUCCUUGGUGGUGACCAACAUCACCCUCUCCAACUACGGGAUAUCCGACCCAGCCGUCUUCUCCUCCUUAUGCCGUCUUGACACCUUGUUGUCCCUUGAUCUCUCAAGAAAUAACUUCACCAAUUUGGGGGACAAAUUCUCCACCACUUCUUGCCGCAUGAAGGAAGGAUUGCUGUCACUUAAUCUGAGUAGCAACCAGUUAUCUGUCAAGCUCAGUGAUUUUUUAGGUCUCCCACAGUUGGAGGUUCUUGAUUUGUCCUUAAAUCUUUUUACUGAUGGAAAUUUAAGACCAGACUUGGUGGGUUCUUGUCCCAAAUUGAGGAGCUGGAAUCUCACUGGGAAUCCUGAUCUAAUAGAUCAUACAGGAAAUAAGAAUCACCCUCAUAAGAGAAGGGCAGAUGGUGUCGUUGUAGUCAUCAUCUUUGGUGCCGCCGCCGGUGCUCUUGUUGGAUUAUGCUUCCUUCUUGUUUUUGCUACGGCCUGUUUUCCAAAGAGAACAUAUCGUGCAGAAACAGAAAGUGGAAGGAUGCCAACUGGGGAGGAUGAUUCCCAAAUCACUAAUGGUCGAUGCCUCAUGACAAUGAACUGCCUCCGCGCCUCUGCAAUCAUGUCCAUGGAAGAGAAGCCGCAGGAUGAGUGGCGAAUCACAGCUUUCCAAGCUCUGAACUUUGAUGCUGCGGACCUGCGGCGGGGGCUAACUGAAUUGAACCUCGUCGGCAGCGGCGGCUCAGGGCACGUUUACCGCGUCACCUACAGCAACCGGCACGACAGCAGCACAGGGGUGGUGGCCGUGAAGGUGAUACGGAGCGAUGGAUCGUCGCCGGACGAGAGGCUGGAGCUCGAGUUCGAGUCCGAAGCUAGCAUCCUGUGCAACGUCCGGCACAGCAACAUCGUCAGGCUGCUGUGCUGCCUCUCCGGCUCGGAGUGCAAGCUCCUCGUCUACGACUACAUGGACAACGGCAGCCUGGACAGGUGGCUCCACGGCGACUACGUCCUCCGCACGGCGCACCCGGCGGCGACGGCGCGGCCCGUGCUGCGGCGCGUGCCGCUGGACUGGCCGACGAGGCUCAUCGCGGCCGUCGGGGCCGCGCAGGGGCUGUGCCACAUGCACCACGGCUGCUCGCCGCCCAUCAUCCACCGGGACGUCAAGACCAGCAACAUCCUGCUGGACUCGGAGUUCCGGGCCAAGGUCGCCGACUUCGGGCUGGCCAGGAUGCUGGAGAAGGCAGGGGAGCCCAACACCAUGUCCUGGGUAGUCGGCUCAUUCGGCUACAUGGCUCCGGAGUAUGCUUACACGAGGAAGGUGAAUGAGAAGGUGGAUGUCUUUGGCUUCGGUGUCGUGCUGUUGGAGCUCACGACCGGCAAGAAGGCCAACGAUGGUGGCGAGCACGGUUCCCUGGCAGAAUGGGCAGGGUACCACUACCGAUCGGGGAGCAUCCUUGAUGCUACAGACAUCUGCAUCAGAUACGCAGGGUACACUGAUGAGAUCGAGACCGUGUUCAGGCUAGGCGUGAGAUGCACGGGCAGCUCGCCGCUGUCACGGCCUACCAUGAAAGACGUGCUGCACAUUCUGCUCAGAUGCAGCGAGCAGACGCUCCGGAAAAGCAGACUGGAGUGUAGCAUGGAGUACGAGGCAGCUCCACAUUCUUGCUGCCAUAGCGACUAGCGAGGCAGUUAUGCGAAACAUUCAAGCAGAAGAGUGGCUUUUAUUACAUUGUCUGAACUCUCAAGAACUAAUAACAUUACAUCGCCAAUAGGACAGCAAUGAAGGAACGGUUCAUGC